CGACGACCAUAGUCAACAUCUUCGAUAUCGCGACGAGUCCAUUCGAGUUUCCUUCACUUUCCCACGGCCCUCUCUCGUCAAUCAUGCACUCGGAAGCCCCCAUCUGCCGUCUUCCAGAGGAGGUCCUCACACUGAACGUAUCCUACAUCGGGUUGGAAUCAUAUCCCAUUGUCCGCCAAGUCAACAGGCGUUUCAGAUUGUGCUCGAAUGACAAACACACUAUCGUUCGCCUCUUGGAUGACCACUACGGACAGCAAUAUGCUCUUUCCGAUGUUAUCAAACACAAUCUGACAACUUUCAGUGUCAAAUCGACUCCAUUCCUUCUUAGACAAAGGCUCGAUGUUGUUCGUCUCCUUCUUGAUCGCCUUCGCACAGCGGAUGAGGUUGUGCGUAUGCCCAGUUUGCGGUAUUACAUCAACAAUCCUAGCCUGGAGACUUCAGACGAGGUCUUUUUUUACUCGACACUUGCGCUUUCGAUUGUUGGGCAGACCCUGCUAAAUGAUUACGAGCUCAUGAGGGAGCAUGGGAGCAUGGAGCUGGGGACGCCUGCCGAGACACUGCUUCAGCAAUGGUACCAUUACGGAAACCCCAACCUUGGUCAGGAAUAUUUCAAAAAAUAUGGGAGCCGUUGCAAGCUCAACGCAAAACUCUUCGAGUACACAAGCGCAGGCUCUUUGUUCGUAAGGGGUUCAAAGCUCUGGACGAGUGGGAUAGUUACUGUCGGGAACUCUGCGAUGAUGGACGGGGUGGAAUACAAGGUGCCUGGCUCGCUGCCGACAUGAUGUUAGCAUUUGAUGAUUGGUACAGUACACCAUCGCCACCUGAUCGCCACCAGCGACAUGGCGUCCCUCCUCGCGGCGUUAAACCGAAAGCCAGAGUUCACCACUGAACAAUACUUUGACCACAAGCAACUGUCUCGAGGGUCAUCGACAUACCCAGGGUUGAGUUGGGAGCGCGAGCCCACGUGGAUGGCCGUCCUCCAAGCACACGAGCAUCUCGGCAAUGGAACACCCUCAGAGCUCAUGCGCGCAUGGUGUGUCCGAGUCUUCAAGCCGUUUUGUGCUUGGAGGCUAACCGUCAAUACAGCGGACCAAAAAUGCAUGUUUGGUUACACCAUCGAUCAACCUUUUCGACAAUAC